UUGUUUUAAUAUUUUGCUUUCGUUUGUAUUUAUAUUGUAGGAAUAAAUAAUGGCUAUAAUUUUAGUUGUAUUCCCUGUUGUGAAACUUAUUUGCGUACAGAGUACGUAGUAUUGACAAAGGAAAAGGAAAAUCAAAGAAUUGCAAUGGAGAAUGUGAAUUUUAGUGAAAAAGUUGAGGUGUACUUCUCGGAGUUAGGGCGAUGGAAAGUAUGGCGUAGUAUUGUACUGGGCCAAAUAUUAUCAUUAUUGCUCAGUGGAAAAUGUAUAUUAACAACACUUCUACAAAGCGCGACUUGGCAAUUUCCCACGACAGGCCAACUUGUAAUCCCCUAUUUAGCCCUUUUUAUUCUGUUCAUACCGUCUUUACUUUGUAACGGUGUAAAAAAAUUAUCGAAGAAAUGGCUGAUAGUUCUCCUAGCAUGCAUACUAGAUGUGGAGGCAAGCUGGUUGCUAGUCAUGUCGCAGCGGUUCACAUCAGUCUUGAGCUGACAACUGCUAGCCUGCAGUGGUGUGGGUGCUGCUCUAGUAGGUGGAGCUUGGAGGGGACAGAGGCUCGGUGUGGUCCAUGUUGCUGGUGCCACCCUGGGCCUGAUGGCAGUGGUAUGCGUUGUAUGGGCUGAUGUGGAAGGGGCACCUACUGAUGG